GUUACAUCAAAAGCCAGACAUUUUAAAUCAGAUUAUUUUACAGUAAUGCACAAAAGUAGAGUAAAAGUAUCCACACCCUGAAUGUAUUGCCUUAUCUUCGUACAAAUGAUGCAUGCUGUUAAAUUAAUCACAUUUCCAUACAUUUUAUGAUGCAACAUACAAGCAAGAAUAAAAUGUGAGGUGUACCAGGGACUUGGCAUUUGAGAGCAGUGAAGACUCAAUCAACUAUAACACAAGUCACUGGAAAAAAAAAAAAAAUCUGUUUCUGAUAUUUACUCAGUAUGAUACAUCAUGUGUCAGUCAGGUAAUGAGUAGGUUGGGCUAUGACUGUACUUCCUGGAGGAGAAGGGCCACAUGUGCCUUGUACUCAUACUAACUUCCUCUGCAAAUGUGAUACAGGUUCUUGAACAGCGGCACAUGUUCGGUAUUGCAUCAGCCGAAUAGAAAUUGUUCUGUCUGAUCAAGUUUUUUUUUUAUUCUACUUAUAAGUAUAUCAAAAACCUUUUAUGUCUUCUCUUUUGGAGGCCUGAGCAGCUAUGGGAAUUAUUGUAGAGGAUCGAGAGACAGUAGGUGCCCCAGAUGGUGGCUGGGGCUGGAUCGUUCUGCUUGGGUCUUUUGUCGUUACUGGCUUCUCAUAUGCCUUCCCGAAAGCUAUAAGUGUAUAUUUCAAAGAACUGAUGAAGGACUUUGGCUGUGGAUACAGUGACACAGCCUGGAUUUCAUCUAUAAUAUUAGCAAUGCUGUAUGGUUCAGGUCCAAUCUCCAGCAUCAUGGUUAAUAAAUUUGGAUGCCGGCCUGUGAUGUUGGUUGGAGGAUUGCUGGCCUCAGGAGGGAUGAUAAUCGCAUCUGUCACUACUAACAUUAUCCAGCUUUAUCUCACUGCAGGUGUCAUUACAGGUCUUGGACUGGCUUUGAACUUCCAGCCUUCACUGAUUAUGCUGGGGUCUUAUUUUGACAAACGCAGACCACUUGCCAAUGGACUGGCAGCAGCUGGAAGCCCUGUAUUUUUGUCAGUUCUUUCUCCAUUAGGUCAACUGCUGCUCAACCACUAUGGGUGGAGAGGAGGCUUUCUCAUCACUGGUGGUCUUCUGCUCAAUUGUUGCGCCUGUGGAGCAAUUAUGAGACCCCUGAAAUGCAAAGAAAGGAAAGCGAUAGCCUGUUCCCAAGAGCUCAAGGACAUGCUGCCUCCUGAGGCUGGACAAGAGAAUAACGUUUGUGAAAACAAUAAUGAUAAAAAGCCCAGUAAAAAGAAGCUUUUGGACUUCAGUGUACUUGCUGACUUAGGGCUUAUUAUCUAUAUUAUUGCAAAAUUUAUAGUUGUCCUUGGUCUAUUUGUUCCAACUAUUCUACUAGUCAACUACGCUAAGGACCAAGGAGUGCCUGACCACGAUGCUGCCUUUUUGUUGUCUAUUAUAGGAUUUAUUGACAUCUUUGCUCGUCCCACAUGUGGCAUAGUGGCCGGUUUAAAAUGGAUCCGACCCAAAAUGCCUUAUUUCUUCAGCCUUGCCUUGCUCUUCAAUGGCCUAACAGAUGUUUGUUCAGCUACAAGCACAGACUAUAAGGGGCUAGUUAUCUUCUGUGUGUUCUUCGGGCUGUCUUAUGGCAUGGUGGGUGCUCUGCAGUUUGAAGUGCUAAUGGGUAUUGUGGGAAAAAGUGGAUUUUCCAGUGCACUUGGCCUAGUGCUUCUUAUUGAGGCAGUGGCUGUGCUGAUUGGACCUCCCUCCGCUGGUUAUUUGGUGGAUAAGUACAAGAACUAUGAACUGAUUUUUUACAUGGCUGGAGGAGAGCUGAUCACUGCUGGAAUAUUUCUUGCCCUUGCUUCAUUCUUCUUUAUUAGACGAAAGAAACACAAAGACACACAGCAGAAACAUCUUGGUGAUGUGGCAAUCAAUCCUGAAGGAUAAACAGUGGAGAAAGCUGAAGUUUAGGACAUUUAUGUUCAAUUAAUGAUAUUUUGUUUACUUAGGUGUAUUAUGAAUAUUUUCUUAUUUUGUGUGUGUUUUUAGAUUUCUUACUCUUGCAUAUAAUUUACAUAAAAAUAAUUGCACAAUCAGCAAAACCACUUUUGAACAUUUGGGUCAAUGUGAAAUAAGGAUGUCUGAGACAAUAAAAAGGAUUUUGAGUGCCA